AUGGUCCACGCCGAAUCCUCCACCUUCGCCGCCGGCCUGGCUAAGGCUGAUGUCUACGCACAAGUCCUCGAGCAGGCAAAGGCCUUGAUGGACGGCCAGAGGAAUUGGAGGCUCAUUGUGCGUGUGUUGAAGGUUUGUAACACGGCCAACGUCGCAUCCCUCCUCUGGCACGCCUUCCACUCGCUUCCCGCGCCCUCGUCCGCCGUCAACUGGGCCGGCUUCUACGUCCUCGAUCCCUCGACCCCGGAACAAUUGAUCCUCGGCCCCUUCCAGGGCAUGGUUGCUUGCCAGACCAUCCGCUUCGGUAGGGGCGUGUGCGGCGCCGCGGCGGCAUCCCAGCAGACGCAGCUUGUGCCCGACGUCGAGAAGUUCCCCGGUCACAUUGCCUGCGACGGCGCGAGCAAGAGCGAGAUCGUGGUGCCGAUAGUCCAGAAUGGAAAGACUGUCGCCAUCAUUGAUAUUGACUGUGCCGAACUGGAAGGGUUCAACGAGGAGGAUAAGAAAUACUUGGAGGAAUUGGCCGCACUGCUGGCGGGCGCCUGCGACUUCUAA